UAUCAACAAUGCUGGGCGUGUAACUAAGCCAAAACCCUUGGGAGAGAACAAUAUCGAAGACUUUAAUUAUUCUUUUGAUCUGAACGUUCGUGGUCUAUUUUUCCUUACGGAAGCAGUAUUUCCUCAUCUUCCAAAGAAAGAAGAAAAUGCUGGCACCGGAGGCAGAAUUAUAAAUGUCGGAAGCGUGGCUGGAAGGAUGGGUGUCCCUCAAUAUCCCAUCUAUUCUGCAACCAAAUCUACUAUCGAAGGCUUUACGAGAUGUUGGGCUGCCGAAUUAGGCCCUCAAAGCCAUACCGUUAAUCAAAUUAACCCCGGAAUAGUUGAAACGGAUAUGCUAAAUGACUUUGAAGAGAGUACCACUCAAUUUCUCGCUAAACUUACGCCUUAUGAAAACCGCUAUGCAAAACCGCAAGAAAUAGCAGAAGUUGUUGGUUUCCUUGUCGAUGAUAACAGCCGAUGGAUUACUGGACAGGUCAUUUCAGCUUCUGGCGGACUGUCAAUGUAUUGAGUUUAUUUGUAUAAAGGAGAUUUCUAAAUGGUGAGCAAGUCAAAUUAGUGUCAGCUGGUGAAGACUAUGGGCAAGACAGCGCAUGACAUAUUACUACGUUCAACUUAUAUAGAGGAUUUGAUAUGAUGAUUAUACAUUAAUGAAUCAUAAACGCAUAAUGAUAUUUUAAAUGCCAAAC